AUGAAAUCGGAAACUACAAAGAAGAAAACCUGGACUACUCGUCGGUACUACUGCUUGGGGGUCAUUAAAUGCUCCGAGGCGACCUGUCCUUUGGCAGCUUCCCCUCCAACUGGAGCCAGAAAGAUCACCGAAGGGGCGGAAGGAAAAAACUGUCCUAUCUCCGCUUGCGAUGGCUACCAAGUACACAUUGAAUGUGACGCUAAAUGCCGAGUUGAUACCGAAUUAGACGCGGACGGAAACGAACAGUGGGGCCUACUGCGUCAUCAAGGGACUCACCAACAUGAUUGGCCGGAGUCCAAAAAGGCCGAUCCUAUCUCGAAAGAAAAGUUGAAGGAAAGGGUCAUUAAUGACACCAAGACCGGACCUUUAGGCCUGAAGGUUGGACUGGCGCAUUUGGGCAAUGACCCAGUCCAUUCAGUCACCGAUAUUCAUUCGUCAUUUGGAAACGCCGAUCGUCUAGGGUAUUUGCGUCAAAUGUAUCUUGUCGAGGCCGGUAUAAUGACUGACACCCGCGAUCCUGAAGCCGGCGAUAAAUGGCUAUGCACAUUUAUGGAUUGGGAAAGGAAAGGCCUCAAGGUGGUUUCGUCGUCUGUGGCCGGCCCGGAUGCACACAUAACGUUCCAAACUGGUUGGAUGGCGGAAGUACUAGUUGAACCCGACAAAAAAUCAGACACUUAUACCGGAGGACUUCUCUCCAACGUAACUUAUAGAUUUUUCAAGAUUGGUUAUCUAUUAACUACUUCGAAAUACUGUGAAACCAUCAAGCGCUGGGUUCCUGUCUUAUUCUCUUGGCUUAAUGGCCUCACCGCUGAACAUUACAAAGUUCAUUUUAAGAAUUUACUUCAGCAGAUUCAAAAAACAACCUUGUCCGAGAAGAGCAAAGGGAUGAUGGUAGAACAAGUAGUUGAUUUCUCUUUGGCGCAGAAAGUGGGAUUUCAGGACGCAUAUAUGGAAGUGUUUAAUUGCCACGACAAGGAUGUGGCACUGUCGAAGUUGCACGGAUGCAAAUGGCAUUUUUAUCAGGCUAUUACCCGAAUUCAGAAGAAUCAGAAGAUUGUGAAGGCCAAACAGGCGUUGCGACACCUUUUCCCUCUAGCAAAGCGAUGGCUAGAUUGGUGGGAAACCGCUGAUGUUCAAGCUAUGCUUUUCCCCGCGCGAAAGCGCAAACCUCUUGACGACCCUCCCUUGCCCGGCGACAACAGCGACGAUGAUGAUGUCAACGUCGUCGCACCUCGAAGACGUGCGGACCUGCCUUCGACUACGAAUGGACAGGAAAGUAUGCAUCGAGUGUAUUACAUACUGUGUUCAUUCUUCUGCUACAAUCACCUUCAGCAAAGGGAGAUGCUCGAUUAUAGCCGGCAUCAUUCAACUUUGCGCCUUUGCCCAAUGCAUGGAAAAGGAUUUCCAGCAAGUCAAAAAAGGCAUUUCAAUAACUUACGGUGGCACCUCGCAGGACACCUGGCAAGAGGUGGUGAAGGCUUUAGGCAUGCCACCUCCCACCAAACGCAAGUUCACACGUAA